AGUGCUUUAUGGCUCGAGCCCGGCCCCGCUGAGCCCCGGGCUCCGGGGAGCCGCGGGCGGGCUGGCCCGAGAGGUCCUGCCGAAAGGGCCAGGUCUGCGAUGGGCAAUUGCUUCGAAGGAUUCCGGCGUGGCAAGGCCUUGGCAGGCCUGCCAGCCCCGGCGACGCCGAAGCAGGGCUUCAAGGUGUGCGUGUGCGGCGGCGCGGGCGGUAUCGGGCAGCCGUUGUGCCUCCUCAUGGCGCUGGAUCCCCGAGUUUGGGAGCUCUCAGUCUAUGACCUCACCAUUGCCAUGGUGCCAGCCGAAGGCAUUGGCACUGACCUGGGCCACAUCGAGCGGAAAUGCCGAGUCAAGGCCUAUUCCCUGGACACCACCCAGAAGCCGGUGGACCACCUCAGAGAGUGCCUCCAAGGCUGCUCGCUGGUGCUCGUGCCGGUGGGUGUGCCGAGCAAAGGUAGAAGCAAGAGCGACUUGCUGAAGAUCAACGCCAACAUCGCGAAGAGCAUUGUGGAGGCGUGCGCCGCCUACUGCCCGGACGCCAUUGUGGGUUUGAUCGUCAACCCGCUCAACUCCGUAGUUCCAGCCAUGGCCAGGCUCUACGAGAAGGCGGGCCUGGACCCGCGGAAGGUGAUCGGCAUCACCUCCCUGGACACCGUGCGGGCCAACAAGUUCGUGCACGAGGCAACGCAGAUUCCCAUUGAGCAUGUGCAGGUGCCGGUGGUCGGGGGCUACUCGGGCUCCAUGUCCGGGCCCUCUGCCGUGCCCCUCUUCUCGCAGGACGCGGGCGCGCGGUCCAUGGGCGACGCGCGGUGCGCCGAGCUCAUGAAGAGAGUCCAGGACGCCGGCAACGAGGUGGUCGAUGCCAAGAAAGGCAAGGGCAGCUCCACACUGUCCAUGGCCUAUGCCGCGGCGCGCUUCGGGCGGGCCGUGCUCACGGGCCUCUCCGGCGAGAGGUGUACCGAAAUCGCCUUGCUGAAGACAGACGCAUAUCCUGGCGUGGACUACUUUUCCACGAAGGUGGUCUUCGGGCCCAAAGGCGUGGAGGAGGUGCUGCCGCCGGGGGCAGUCAGCCCCAAGGAGAAGGCGCACCUGGACUUGGCCGUGAAGACCUUGCAGGAAGAUAUCAAGGAGGGCCUGGCCUACGCUGAGCACGUGGACCUGGCGAAGCGAAGGCUGCGGGAAACAAAGGCUGGAUACUAGUUGAGGGCAGAGGCGAACAGAAGCCUCAACAACUCCCAACGCCAAAGGGUUUGGGCGCUGCUCAAUAAAAGGAGGCGCCUGCCUAGCGUUUUCCAGCUUGCCGGAAGUUACAGCGAAUGGCGAUGCCA